CACAACUGUCUCCCGCGAAGAAGAAUCAGGGGCAACAACAAUAACAGACAGCUAGCUACAGAGAGAGAAUAGCUCCUCACUAACAGAGAGAAUAUCUCCAACAUUAACGGACUGGAGCACAUAAAUCCACCUCUGACGCGUGCAUACAGAGCGUUACCGCGAGGGGGGCUCGUGUUAGGGGCGCAUGAGGGUAAAUUUAGACGCUGUAUCGAGUUUUUACAGGAAUAACAUGCAGCUGUUGUUGUGACGUGCAGACGGUUUAAGCUAACUAGCUUCUCCGUUAGCAGUUCGGUUCUCUGGUUCCCCGGUUCCGUUUAAUGUCACUGGGCUCCGGUUCCGCGUGCAAACAUGGAGAGCUUGUACAAGCGCAAAAUGUUCGCGUCCAUGCGGAAAACCAAAGUGGACGCGUCGAAGAAGCGGCAGAUCGGCCUGCCCGCCUCUAUCCUGGACGAUAGUGACGAAGGCUCCUUCUCCUCCUCCUCCUCCUCCUCCGCUGCGUCCCAAUCCGACUAUCAGAGCUCCCGGGAUGAGGACAGCGAGCAGGACGGCAAGGACCGCAGCGAGUCCGGCGCGUCCUCCAGCGACCACAGCCGCUCGGUGACCCGCAGGAAGCGCUCCUUCCUGGGAGGCGACGACAGCUCCUCUUCCUACAGCCCCGGGGAGGACGAGGAGGAGGAGGAGGAGGAGGAAGAUAAGGGGGACAGGAGCCAGCCCAAGAGGAUGGUGCACCCCAAGAAGAGGAGCAGGCUGCAGCGGCAGGACGACUCGGACUCGGACCACGCGGAGCAGAAGCGGAAAGAGGAGGCGGAGAAGGCGAAGAAGCGGCAGAGACACAACAAACUGCUGGCGCUGUCCCAGAGGAUGAAGGCCCGGGUCCCGAACCGGAGGAGGAACCGCAUCAAGCAGGGAGGAGAUGACGAGGACGAGUCUAAAGACGCCGAAGACGAUGCAGAUGACAAUGAUGUCAAAGACGGAGGAAGAGGAGAGAACGGAAACAAGAAGAAGGCUGCAGACGAUGAUGAAGGAGACACGGAGGAGGAGAAAGACAAAGAUGAGGACGAAGAGAACGACAAGGUUGAGGAGAAAGACAGUGAUGAGGAGAAAGACAGUGAUGAGGAGAAAGACAGUGAUGAGGAGAAGGACGAUGAUGAUGAGGAGGAGGAGGGACAGAAGUAGACCCUGCUGGAGAACAAAGAUGAAGAUUGAAUGUGAAGAACUGAACCGACUCAUAACUGUUAGUUUGUGCAGUUUUUUUCUCCUUCUUUUAAAGCCGAAACACGAAGAACUGAAGGACUCAUUAGAGACGUGGAAGAAGAGAGGACCGCCUCAAGAGACGUUUAAUCUUUAGAGGAGGAAACCGGACGCUCAUUUAACGCUUUAAUGAUGAGAUCAAACAGAAAGUCUCCUCCUGGUAUGGUCUCAUGUUGUUUCUCUUAGAGCUCCAACUCUGCUGAUUAACUGUCAGAUUAGUUUUAUUCUAAUGUCUCUGAUUGUGCUGAAAUAAUAUGGGAAACAUAGGAAAUUUAUUUAGAGAGUAAAAAAGGAAAAUUAUACUUAAUUUUUAUGUAAUUUAACUUUAGCUUCGGAUGGGAUGGCUCACCAUCAAUUAAUCACUAAAAAUCAACUUUUAUGAAAAAUUAUUCCAACUUAAGUAAUUUUUUUUAGGAAACUACGUCCUGUAUUUGUUGUUUCCAGCUCUUUUAAAUAGGAGAACAUGCUCCUUUUAUGUUUUUCAAUUCAGCGAAGGAUUUUUUUUUUUUUAAUUUUAGACAAAAUAAAUAAUUUUAAGAGUGAUCUGAGGGCUCUGGGAAAUUACAAUGAACCUUUUUAUUUCUUAUUUUUUUGUAUAAUUUAUAGACUUUUAAAAAUACUAAACCUGAAAAGAAAAGGUUCAUAAAUAAUUAAAGGGAGAAAAAAAAAGAAGUUUUAGCUUCAAAUCUCGUCCUAAAGGGAUCGUUUGUUGUCUUUAAAGAGAGUAUGUUUGAGAUUUCUUUCACGGGGGCUGAGGUUAAAAAUCCUGCAUCCCAGACUCUUUGAUUUCAAUGCAUCAUGUAUCAUAAAUCUGGAGCUCUCAGGAAUCAUCCUCUAAAGGUUACUUGAGUUCAAAGUUUGGACUUUUACUAAAAGUAGCAGUCUUGUUAAAAGCUGCAUGAUGCAGGCUCUUUAUGUCAAAUAUUCAGUCUUUGUUUUAUGCCAAUAGUUUGAUUUUUAAACGCAGGAGAGAGUUGUAAUCUCAGAGUAUGACUAAAUUGUUUUGAAUCUCUUUUUUACGUGAACUCCUCAGACAGUCGGCACAAACACCCUGAGUUAGGUUUAUUAUUAUUCACCUGUGCACACCUGGAUGAUGACAGUAAAUCAGCAGCAGUGGGCUCAGAACAGGAGGAUUACACUACAAUAAAGUGGGCGUGGCUUCAUCAAGGUCAGCUGACUGUGUGUGAUGUGUCGUCAUCAGAUAGAAAUAUAAACUAAAACAUGUCAAAGAUUGAACAAACACUCCUGUGUCAAUCAAUCACCAUAGGAGCGGAGUGAAGUCCGAGUCCCAGCAUGCAUUGGAGGAAGAAUCAUCCAAUCAGAGAGCGUCACGUCCUUUUCGUUCCUGACUGGAGGCGUUUUUUUCUGAAUGUGCUGAAGCUCUAACUGGUGUGGAUGGACAGCAGCUGCUGAGGCUUCUGGGUAAUGCAGUAUUUAGAGACAUUAGAAAAACCCAACAGAAGCACUCGGAUGGUUUUUCUUGCUCUUCACUUUUUAAUUUGUUAAAAUGAAAAUGAAUCAGUUCCUGCAAAGCAGAGCUUCUUAUUUCUGUGUGAGGACAUCGUGGUCUGAGCGGAGACAGAAUGAUUUCAGCCACGAACGACAACACCUGUACCUUUUACUGUAUUAUAGCUUUGUAUUCGUUUCAAGUUAAAUGCAGUGUUUGCAGGAAUGUCUGUGUUUGGUAGUUCUGUCCAUCUCUCUCUGUCUCCUGCUUUAUUUUAAGCCUCUGUCACUUAUAUAUCUUUGGGGUUCUGGCUCUGAGCUAAACAUAAGAAGACAUUUUAAAGGAUGGAACUUUUAUCAUUCAGCCUGAGCGCCAUUUUUAUAGCCAUAUAUUCAGGGUCUAAAUUACUUAAAAAGUCUGUGAAUUGAACCCGUGGAUUACUUGAAUUGGCAGCAUUAAAGCAGGCUUCAAUGGAUGCAACAUAAUUAUUUGGGGGGGAUGGAUCAAGUGUCAACAUCUGAUGUUGAAAAAUAAAGCCAAAGCAGAAGUGCUAAAAACUGCAGUUCCCCAUUUGUCCACUUGGGGCUGGCUCCUAAAGCUCAGGAAGCCCCAUUAACACUCAUGUUAAAAUGCAGAUCUUCAGAGCAGGAGUAAACCUUGUACGAAACACAACCGUUUUAUUUCAAAUAGCCGAGUGUCUAUUUACACACACACUUUAACAUUACAUUUUAUAACUCAAUGGUUUUCAAGAUAUUUAGGUUACGAGAUUUGCGUAAUAAGGCUCAUUUCGGGGCGGGACUGAUGAAAGGAGGAGGAGGCUAAAAGUCCGACCGAAAGUUAAGUUGGGUCAGCUUCUGCAUGAGGCUACGUCCAUGUUUUGUAUAGUGUAUGCAGGAGUCUGGUUGCUUUUUAAGAGAGUGAUGCAAUGCCCGUUUCCUAUUUCAAAGAAAGGAUCUUACGAGCACUUUUAUUUACAUACUUUGACAGGGUGCAUUUUUCCAUGGAGAGGACUUUAAGCUAAUUUCGAAAUCCAGCCAUUAAAUUCAAUAAGAUGUUUAGACCCCUGAAAUAUCUUAAAAUAUAGCUUGGGACUACAAUUAGCAGAGUAAGGGCCUGUGUCCACUUACACAAUAUUUCUUUGUUCAGAUUUGCUUUCAUUCGAUAACAUUUUACAAAUAAAAACGUAAAAAGCAGUUGACAGAAGUGGUGUUGUAGCAUCAACAGCAGCUUUAGACCUUGAAAUAGUAGCUCUAAAAAACGAGGGUGACUAGAUUCUCCUCUAUCGACCCUCGGCCAUUGUUAACAAAGCUGAUAUCAGAAGCUCCGCCCCUUUUUUAAUUUUGGUUGGCUGGUGAUGUAAAAGAGACAUUGUUCUAAAAGUUGAACUAUUUCAGGGCGCUUUUGCACUCAUGCCACUGAGCUCCAAAAACAGUUAACUGCUUUGGUUUUGUGUUGAAUAAAAGUGCUGCCAGUGCAGAAAACGCCAUCAUUGGACACAGGCCCUUAGUCUCAAAGACCAACCAUCAGUCUCGGUAAAGUUUCGUAGACAUUUCACUGUUUCACAUGUCACUUAAUAAUCGGAUUGUUGAUUUAAAAAAUAUUAACAAAUGAAUUGAUUAUGAUUGUACCACUUUAAUGCAGACCAAAGUCUGUAUUCAAACUGUCAAAUAGGACGUUUAGGGCCUGUGUCCAUUGAAAUCCCUGUUUUGUUUUCAUGCAUUGAGCUGAAGUGUGUUUGCUGUUGGUUUUCUCUUCCAAAUUAACUGAUGUGACUUCAUUUUUGACCUUUGGGAAAGUAUAUGAUGCACAUCUGACGUUUAAAGGUCUGAUGACAGUUUUUAUGUUGGCUUGAUUAUUUGUUAUUGUGCUGAAAGUUUGUAAGUUUGAGUAUCGUGAAAGACGGUCUGUGGCAUGUCCAGUCUGGUUGAUGACACUUUGAUUGUUUUGCUCUUGGUUAUGGCUUUGUGUUCACAGACCUAAAGGUGACACUUUGGUCUUGUUGUGACACUCUGGUGAGCAAAGACAGUGUGAUGUGGUUUAAAGCUACAAAAACUACCAAAGAAGACCCAUCCAUUGAAAACAUAACCCAAGAAUUUAGAGGCAUCCCAAGCCAAAACACAGAUCCUGAAGUUUUAAACAUCUUUGAAUUCAGUAUUAAUUCAUUAAAACGUCAGAGAGGAUGGACAGAACUUUCAAAACAAGCUGUAAGAUGAAUAAAGAGUCGUCUUUCUGUUUCACUUGUAUAAUGUCAUGAGAAAUAUUUCUUUUAAUUUUUUGUGAACAGAUUGCAGUUUAGUUUUUGCACUCACUGAUCUGUUGUUUUGUAAACGUUCAAAUGUAAAAGGAGAAGAUGCGCAGUGUCUCUUGUGUACAGAAUUAAUCCGAGCAGCCCACUUUAACGCUUUGAUUCUCCUUUUCUACUCAUUUUUUCUUCUCUUGUGACUGCUACAGCGCUCACGUGCUAAUGUAUAAAUUGGACAAGUAAUGUCCCUAAACAGAAGUUUUUAAAUAUCCCAUUAAUUUCUUCUUUUUGUUUUCUCUCCUUUUAUUUUUUCCCCCUUUCGUUCUUCCUCUGUGUCUGUGAGUUUUGGUGCACUUGCAUUAGAAAACAAGGCGUAACUGACCACAUAGUUAGUGUGUUCUGCAGAUUGCUGCGCUCUAACAUUGAUAAAUCAGAUGUAAGCUGAUGGGAAACUGACUGUAAAGAGUAUUUCAGUGAACCGCAGCUCAGACUAAAUCUACAUUUUUAAGUGUGUAAGCGCCUUGUGGCCUUUUUUUGCUUUUGCUUAACUAUCUGACUCAGUGUGGUGAGGAUACGAACACGAACACACUUUAAAGUUACAUAUCAGUGCUGUGUGUUGACUUGUUUUCAGUGUAUUUGGGGGCUUUAAUUGCUGUACAAUGCUUGUCAGAUCAAUCUGCUCGGCAACACCUCUUUUAUAAAUAAAGGCUCUUUUUUUGACCAACAA